AUGACUGGCCCAGAUCAUCAAUAUCCUACAGACAGCGAAACACUUUGGGCCCACAUCAAGGCACCAGAGUUCAUGCUGGAAGACCCGGGGGCGUUUCUCACACUUCUGGAAGCCCGAUUCCAUGAAACCCGCGCCACCGGGCAACUAUCACGUUACCACAAACUGUUAUCCGCGAUACCGCGAGAAUUGCUGAGCAGUUUCAGGGAUAUCUACAUGAAUACUCGCCCUAAUAAUCCGUACAACCUGCUUAAGGAAGAACUCAUCCGUCGUAUGGUUAUUUUUGAGGAGGACCUCAUCUAG